AUGCAGACGGAGACAGAGACGGAUACGGAUGAAGAUAUGGAUACAGAGGAGCCAAUGGUGUUCGAAGUUACUGAAAUCGAUUUGGAGUAUGAGUUUGAUGCUGCUCGCUGGUGCGAUUUCACUAAGGAGGAGUCUCUGGUUGAGUCUCGUGUUGCCGAACUCUGGUUCGAGACCGCUCAGUCUUAUCCACCGUCUCCUUUUGCAAUCAAACUAUUAAUGAUGAGAGAGGAGGUUUCUGAUGAAAAGACCAAGCCUUUGUGGAAAUCAGAAGAUGUGGUAGUUACAGAACAUGUCCGGGAUAGUGACAUAGAUACCUCUCAGGACCAGCAUUGUCUAGCCACAGAUGUGAAUGAAACAGGGAAUGAAAAGAGGUCUGGGGUUUUUAACUUCAUUCAUGGUGGUGAGUUGAAGAAUGUUCCAAAUGAGUCUUUGCAUAAAGGACCAACGAUUAGUAAUCAUAUACACAAUGAUAAAGUAAAAUGCAGAACGAAGUCAAGCACCAGGCCAAUACCAAGAAGCUCAACAUUGAUGAAGCCUACUGCUAGCCAAUUGGCAAAAUUAGAUAAUGCCAGACUCCGUAUGCAAGUGGAUCAUGCUAAGGAGAAAGGCGUUUAUCCUUCAUCUGGAUCUGAAGCACAGGCUUCUAAAAGACAGAAGCUGGAUGGAGGUCUACUUCGUAAGGUUGCUGAAACGAAACAAGAGAUGGAUUUUGUCCACAAGGCAGUCAAGAAGGACGGAACUCUAGAGAGAAAAAUACAACAUCGGAGGACAAAGAGUACUGUCCCACAGGAGCCUGAUUUUGCAACCUCGCAUAGAGCAUAUAGGAUGCGUCACAGCAAAGACGAUGCUACUAAGUUGGACGAGGACGCAACAUCAGUGUAUAGAUUCAAAGCACGCCCUUUCAACCGAAAAAUCUUUGAGGCUCCAUCGUUUCCCAUUCGGAAGAAGAGCACUCCUAAGCUACCAGAAUUUCAUGAAUUUCACUUGAAGACCUCAGAAAGAGCUAUGCAACAUUCAUCAGCAGUAUCAACAGGGAAUAAUUAUCAUAAGGGAUCAUAUAGGCCUGAUACAAAACCUUUUCUUGACGGUGUUAACAGGGAACCAAGAAGCAGACAAAGAGCUGCGGAUAUACCUAAGGAUGAUAAUAGAAAACACAUUUUCAAAGCUCGUCCUCUUGACAAUAAGAUAGUUUCAAGUAGACGAGACAUUGGCAUUUUCAGAAAAACCAAGAGAGAAACUGCAGUUCCCUUGACUCAAACUCGAGAGUUUAGUUUUCGGUCGGAAAAGAAGGUUCAACAAGAUUUGCCAACAGACCUUUUCAGUAAGCUCUCUAUAAAACCGGAGCUCCAGCCAAACAAUGGAUCUCGGUUAAGAUCCCAUGAGCCUGAACAAAUAAAGGGGUCAAAGGAAAAUAGACAGAACUCCUUUCAAACAGGGGAUGAAAGAACAAGGACGGUACAACGUGGUACAUGGACCACUAGGAGGUGAAGGUGGAAGCAUUGGGUGUGUGCAACUAAACUAACAAAGACAUGGUUUUCUAGAGGUAACAAGUAUUUACUCAAAAGGAAGGCUAACAUAUUGUGAAGAAGUCAAAUAUGUUAAUCAGGGGAUGUGGUGUGUAACAUUAUUAUCGGUUUAAUUUUGGUUUUUGGGGAAAUGAAAUGUAUAUUGG